AUGUUGAAAACCGGGAUGGGUAGCAGUACUGUUGGGGUUGGGGAGAAGAAACCGGUGAAGAAGCCGGCGCAGGCCAGCUCUAGGAAGGGAUGUAUGAGAGGGAAAGGAGGGCCAGAAAAUGCUAUGUGCUCUUACAAGGGUGUUAGGCAAAGGACUUGGGGAAAAUGGGUGGCCGAGAUCCGCGAACCUAAUCGAGGAGCUCGACUCUGGUUGGGGACGUUUGACACGUCCCAUGAGGCUGCCAUGGCCUAUGAUGCAGCUGCCAAAAAGCUCUACGGCUCCGAGGCCAAACUCAAUUUGCCGGAUCAGAUUGUACCGGUACCCCAAUUUUCAGAUCCUCCUCCUGUUCAGAACAAUAAUCUCCAGAUGGUGCAGAUAGGGAAUAGCACACCAUCUGCUAGUGCUGCAUGUUUUCCACCGGUGACCGGUGUAGUGAACAACGAUAUUUCUGUACCGAUUAUGCUCCAGGACGGUACUAACUUUCCGGCUCCGAUUCCUUUUCCUAAUCCGAGCAUGCAGACUUCCUACGGUAACGCGUACGAGCAUGACAGCAGCAGCAGCAGCAGAACCAUCACCACCACCAGCAGUAGCACCACCAUGCCUAUGGACACAAAAAGGGAGAAGAACGAAGCAAUUGACCAAAGGUUCUGGGAGAACGUAAAUACGAACGCGUUGCCGGUGUUUGAUGACUCCAUAUGGGCCGAGGCCGCCAUGUCAAUCGAUUUUCCGGUGAUCGAGAAUCACGGGAUUUUCGCCAGCAACUUCGUUGAUGGAAAUGCUUGGGAGGCUUUACCUGCUUCUUGGUGCGCUUAG